AUGUCACUCACGUUGAAGAAGAUAGCUGCUUUGGCGUCUUUGCUGCCGUUCUUCGGCGGACUGUUGGAUGGUGUUCGUGUCGCCAGAGCCGACAACCCCAUCGUCCAGACCAUUUAUACGGCAGACCCGGCACCCAUGGUCUACAACGACCGUCUCUAUGUCUUCACUGGCCACGACGAAGAUGGUUCUACAACCUACAACAUGCGCGACUGGCAUGUGUACUCGACGACCGACAUGGCGAACUGGCAGGAUCACGGCUCUCCCUUAAGCCUCGCCCAAUUCAGCUGGGCCAACGCCAAUGCAUGGGCUGGACAGGUCGUCGCUCGCAACAGUAAGUUCUACUGGUAUGUUCCAGUACGUCAUACCACAGGCGCUAUGGCAGUCGGGGUGGCUGUCAGUGAUAGCAUCACAGGGCCAUACCGCGACGCGCUUGGUAAACCCCUAGUCGAAAACAAUGAGAUCGACCCCACCGUCUAUAUUGACACUGAUGGCCAAGCCUACCUUUACUGGGGCAAUCCGAACCUCUCGUACGUGGAGCUGAAUUCGGACAUGACAUCCUACAGCGGCAGCAUUGUCAAGGUCGACCUCACGACCGCGGGCUUCGGCACCCGUAGCGGCAACGCCCAACGCCCCACGACAUUCGAGGAGGGACCAUGGCUUUACAAGCGCAACAGCCUCUAUUACAUGAUUUAUGCUGCCGACUGCUGUUCCGAGGACAUUCGUUACUCCACAGGUCCUAGUGCUACUGGCCCCUGGACGUACCGUGGCGUUAUCAUGCCGGCGCAGGGCAAGAGCUUUACCAAUCACCCCGGAAUCAUCGACUACAAAGGCAACUCGUACUUCUUCUACCACAACGGUGCCCUUCCCGGUGGCAGUGGUUAUACGCGUUCCGUCUCGGUUGAGCGCUUCACUUACAACUCCGAUGGUACUAUCCCAUCCUUUAACAUGACCACAGGAGGCCCCCCGCAGCUCGGCACCCUGGACCCCUUCGCACGCCAGGAGGCUGAGACGAUAGCCUUCUCAUCGGGACUGAAAACUGAGGUUUGCAGCGAGGGAGGCAUCGAUGUCUCCUUCAUCGACAACGGCGACUAUAUCAAGGUCAAGGGUGUCGCUUUUGGCAACGGAGCGAAGACUUUCACUGCUCGUGUCGCCUCUGCCACCAGCGGCGGCAAAAUAGAGCUCCGCUUGGGCAACCAGGAAGGCAACCUCAUCGGUACUUGCACCGUCCCGGGCACCGGAGGCUGGCAGACGUGGACCACUGUGACCUGCUCGGUCAGCGGUGCUACAGGAACUCAGGAUCUGUUCUUCCGCUUUACUGGUGGUAGUGGGGAGUUAUUCAACUUCAAUUGGUGGCAAUUUACUGCUUGA